UUCCGAUAAUACAAACCAAAAUUGUCACAUCUUUUUCAUUUCGGUGAAGUUUAUUUUGAAAUUGAGUUCGGUUUUUCUUUUUUUUUUGGUUUGGAUAGUCGCAGUGCUUGAUGCCAUGUAAAAGUGUGUAGAUGGUUUUACAAUGCAAAGAUUAACACAUGUUCAGAAAAUAGCCAGUCAAUUCGGCCGAACGUGCUGCCAUAAAUUUUUAACAUCGAGACUUUUGAGUUCAGGGACGUGUGGUAAUCAUUAUUCCACAAAUCGUUUACAAAAUUUAAUACAACAGCAAGAACAAAAGUUUACGAUCCCUGCUGAAUUCAACCUUGCUGCAUCAUCGAACAAACAGUACGGGGGAAAUUCUUUUCGAAAGUGUGCUCCAAGCACUCAGUGCAUUUUUGUUCCUGACAUAGCGACAGAGUGGUAUAAAAAUCAUCGCAGAGACACAAGAUCGGAAUUCAUUGCCAGAUAUUGCGAAAUGCUCAAAAUGUCCGGAUAUCAAACUAAGAACACUGGCUGUAAAAAUCAGUCAACAGUAAUAUCGGACAAUUUAAUGACACGUUUUAAGCGUAUAUCUCAGGAUUUUCAUAAAUUAUUAGUUGAACAUGAGCGAAAAGCAUCCGUUAUUCCAAAGCCAACACCAAAAGCGCCACCAAUUGCGAAACAUAAAUCACAAAAUACCGUUAACAGGCGGCGGAAAUCGAGAACUAGUGAAAAUCGCAAAGAAUUUCCAGAAGCUAAUUUAAAACAGACAAUGGGAGUACGUGCACAUGGUUUCAGAUUUAAAGAUUUCGUAAAAGAAAUUAAUACUAAUGAUGAUGACAUAUGCCAAGAUAUGGACACCCAAACAAAUGAAGAAGAAAAUGGACCACCGGAUACUAGUACGCCUAAUGGUAUUUCAAAAAGAACUUCUAAAAAGAAGAGCAAAACAUGUAUCAGCGAUGAAAGAAUAUAUUCAAAUGUUUCUGCGCAUGGUUAUAGUAAUUAUCCCAAAAUGUUUAAGAGGCAAUCUGGGGGAUCCAAUACUCAAGUAAAAAAAAAAUAUAAUUCCAUAGGAGGUAGAUGUCCUGAUAAAUCAACCGAACAAAAAACACAAGUUGCCGCACAUGGAUACAGUAAUUAUGUAAAUAAACCAGAAACUACAAGAGAACACUAUGGACAGCUAAAGGAAUCAAAAAUUUCAAAACGUUCUAAAGGAAAUUUUUCGCCAUAUGCGCACGGUUAUGAUUAUAAAAAUGAUGAUACAGAAGAAACGUGUGAUAAUAAUCAUAAUCACAAACAAACCAAUCAACAAAAACCAAAAGCACAUGCUAAUCACAGUAGCGUAAACCAAAAUGAACAACAAACGCCUAAAAGCUGCAGGAAGCCAAUAAAAACUGUGUCUGCACAUGGGUACCAUAAUCCAACACCUCGGCCAGUAUCAGAUAUUAAAGCAGACAAAAACCUUAAUAGUAAGCGUGAAAUAUAUGUAUCCAAAAACACCAACAACGUUUCAUCAAACGCUACUAAGCCUGUUACACUUAAAAAAAAACGCAGAAAAGGAAGAGACACCAAUUCACUAAACAGUUGCCAAUGUAUCACAGAAACAACAUCUGCGGAAAGCAUAAAACAGCCAGUUACUUCCCGCCGAAAAAAACGAAAACCUGAACAAAAGCAUUUACAAGAAAUAUGGAUUAAACCAAAUGCUACAGAAAUGCGAAGCACUGAUUCUGGUGUAUCUUUAAAAAGGUAUCACACUCAAUUAUAUGAUAACCAAUGUGACAGUAGCUGCUGUGGUGGUGACGAAUGCGUAUGUCAAAUAAGUAAAGCUAAUAAGCAAUAUAAAAAUGCAAAUUCGUCUACUGAUUACCCUUUUACUUCGAGCUCAAAUCUAUCUCCUCGCAAGCGCAAAAAUAAGGAUACUAAUCGAACUAACAAAAAAAAAUUUCAGAAAACCAAACAAGAUUUUCCGGAAUCAUCUGAACCAAAUAAAACACAUUUAAACGUACAGAUAGAAAGUAGUGAAAAUUUACUGAAAUGUGCAGGUCCAUUCACAAAAUUAUUCGCAAGACGUAAGAAAGAUCCUGAACCACAAACUGAUAGUGAAAGUAAUAUUGAUUAUGGUAAAGAAAAGGAAAUAGAAAUGGAAAUGGAAAAAAGUUGUUCUGACCUAGAACCCCCGCAUAUAAGUCAGUAUUACCAUCAUCUUUCUCACAGAAUAAUGAAUGCGAAAAAUGAAGAUAAAAAUGUAGUGCCUAAAACAACAAGGAAUAGAGAAAUAGAAAGUGAUUACGAUAGUGACGAUAGUAAAGGUAGUAAAUGUGAAGUUAAGGAUAAGAACCAUUAUCACAUGCUUUCACAUAACAAGCAAUGUCAUGACGAAGCAACUUCAAGGAAAGAAAAUUAUACAAAGGAAUAUAAAGAUCCAUCAGUUAGUUACUAUUAUCACGAUAUAUCUCACUGCAAAAACGAAAUACACCAUGAUAACAAAAAACCGAAGAAAAUAGAGAAACGUCGAAAUAAUAGCAAUUCUGAUGAAUCACUAGAUAAGCACUACUAUCACAAUCUCUCUCAUAAAUCAGCUGAUUGCAAAAAAACUUUUGCUAAUAAAAAAUUAACAAGAAAAACUGCUGGAAGAGAAACAAGUGAAGAGCCAGAUAGCGACUCGGCAGCAUCAUCUUUCGACAUACCCAAAACUUGGAAUACAAACAAAAGGCCUCAAAAAAAAAUGCAAAGUGAGGAUAAAAAUUUGUGCACGAAAAAUAAACCACCAGGCAAAGAUGUACCAACUUAUUAUUCCAAUCUGGCGAAAAAUACAAAAACUUGUAAAGAGUGCUAUGAUCACUCAAGAUUUUGGAAAAAGGAAACACCUAAAACCGAUACUAAUCUAGUCAAAGCACAUGGAUAUAACAAUGAUGUUACAGUAACUGUACGUAAGAGGUGUGCGACUACUAAACCGGAAUACAUACUAGGACGUGAUGAUUCAUACGAAAAACAGAAACGUCAAAGGAAGCGCUCUUAAAUCUUUAAGCAAUCAAAAUCUUCCAUCAAAAAAGUCAUAUAUGUAUUAUUACAUUUAUAAUUAAUUUAUGUGAAUGCAGGACACUAUAUAGAAAUUUGUUAAGGAAUUUGUGAUAAUGGAUGAGUAUCUGCUUUGAUACAAACUGCUUUGUGAUGGCACGACUAUAUAGCACCGCAAUCUUUAAAUCUGUCAGUUGCAAUAUCUAUCAGACACUCCUAUCCAAAAUUCAUUUUCUA